AUGUUUUCUACACUGGAUGAGGCGCGGCGCGACAUAUUCCCGACAGCUCGUAAUGUCAACACUGGAGAACUGGCUGCUAUCAAAGUCAUCAAACUAGAGCCAGGAGAGGACUUUGACGUGGUGCAGCAGGAGAUUAUUAUGAUGAAAGAUUGUAAACACUCAAACAUUGUUGCAUAUUUUGGCAGUUACCUCAGGAGAGAUAAAUUAUGGAUCAGCAUGGAAUACUGUGGUGGAGGCUCACUCCAGGAUAUUUACCAUGUUACUGGGCCAUUGUCAGAAUCCCAAAUUGCGUAUGUAUGUCGGGAGACCCUGCAGGGUGUUUACUAUCUCCAUAACAAAGGCAAGAUCCACCGAGAUAUAAAGGGUGCAAAUAUACUGUUGACGGACAAUGGCUACGUUAAGCUAGCUGAUUUUGGCGUUUCAGCUCAGAUAUCAGCCACUUUAGCAAAAAGAAAGUCCUUCAUUGGAACUCCAUAUUGGAUGGCUCCUGAGGUGGCAGCAGUUGAACGGAAAGGUGGAUACAAUCAGCUGUGUGAUAUUUGGGCCGUGGGCAUCACAGCUAUUGAGCUGGCAGAGUUAGAGCCGCCAAUGUUCGACUUGCACCCCAUGAGAGCACUUUUCCUAAUGACCAAGAGCAGUUUCCAACCACCUAAGCUGAAAGACAAAGUAAAGUGGACAAAUAAUUUCCACCACUUUGUGAAAAUGGCUUUGACCAAAAAUCCCAAGAAGAGACCAACGGCUGACAGAUUACUGCAGCACCCAUUCGUUACCCAACCGCUUAGCCGGACUCUUGCCAUUGAGCUACUGGACAAAGCCAACAACCCUGACCACAGCACACACAGUGAUGCAGAGGAGGAUGACAUUGACCCAGAGUCUCCCGUGUCUGUUCCGCAUCGAAUCCGCUCAACUAGCAGGAGCUCACGAGAUGGAAAGACUCUGUCUGAGAUUAACUUUGAUAAGGUGAAGUUCGACCCGCCUCUGAGAAAAGAAACCGAACCGCAUCAUGAGAUGGAUCUACCAUUAGAGCCCCAAAGCAUUCUUGGAAAUAACAAGAGUCUAUUAAAAUCUGUUGCUGAGGAGCUCAAUCAAAGGGGUCAUGUGACACAUUUAGAGGAUGAGGAGGAGGAUGAAGGUGAUGAUUUUCACAGUAACUCCACUUCCACAAUGAGGCCUAAAGUGCCACCUCCUCUGCCACCCAAGCCGAAGCUUCUGUCUCCAGGUCAGAACAGUACCGCCUCAGAGGACAGUACCGGAGAAGGGACCAUUAAACGUUCCCCAGCUUCUGCAAGCUCCACCCCUCCUGUUCGGCCUGCUUCCUGUGUGCCCCCCAGACCACCACCUCCUCGCCUGCCUCCACACAGGCGUAGUAGUCUAGGUAACAAACCAUCUGAGCACGAUCAGACAGAGCCAGCAGGGGAUGAUGAGAUUUAUAGGUUCUGGGAAUGGCUUCAUGCUGAACAACAGGAAGAACCAAGUAAUGGAGUUUCUGUCCAGGAGAAUGGAGAGAAAGAAAAACUUGCCUCCCUUCCCUCAUCUAAUCUAAAGCUUCCAUUCAGUAAUGGCCUCCCACCGACCCCCAAAGUACAUAUGGGAGCUUGUUUCUCUAAAGUGUUUAACGGCUGUCCCUUAAAGAUUCACUGUGCCUGUUCCUGGAUAAACCCAAACACCAGGGAUCAGUAUCUGAUUUUUGGUGCAGAGGAAGGAAUUUACACCCUCAAUCUGAAUGAAAUCCAUGAGAGCACAAUGGAACAGCUGGUUCCACGGAGGUGCACAUGGGUGUAUGUAAUGACCAACUGGCUGCUUUCAAUAUCAGGUAAAGCAUCUCAGCUGUACUCAUACAACCUGACGAUGCUUUUUGAGCAAGCUCGACAAAUGCAGAAGUUACCUGUUGCCAUACCAACACACAAACUCCCAGACAAAAUCAUCCCACGGAAGUUUACUGUGUCCAAUAAAAUACCAGAUACGAGGGGUUGUCAGAAAUGUUGUGUAGUGCGAAACCCAUACACCGGUCAUAAGUACUUAUGUGGAGCUUUCCAGUCCAGCGUAAUUCUGUUUGAAUGGGUGGAAGCCAUGCAGCGCUUCAUGUUGAUAAAGAGCAUAGACCUCACCCUGCCGUGUCCAUUAGAAGUCUUUGAGAUGUUGGUGGUUCCUGAGCAGCAUUAUCCACUGGUUUGUGUGGCAGUCAGUAAAGGAAGCCAUCCUGAUCAGGUGGUCACGUUUGGCACUGUUGAUCCCAAUGCCGCCAACCCAGCAUUCACAGAGCCCGAAACACCUCAAACAUGUGUCAUUCAUGUGACUCAGCUGGAGAAAGAUACCGUCCUAGUGUGUCUAGAUCGGUGUAUAAAGUUGGUGAAUUUACAGGGCAGGUUAAAAUCCAACAGAAAGCUGUCAACUGAACUCACCUUUAACUUCCAGAUUGAGGCAAUAGUAUGUCUGCAGGACAGUGUUUUGGCGUUCUGGAAGCAUGGAAUGCAGGGAAGAAGCUUUAAAAACAGUGAGAUUACUCAGGAGAUCUCUGAUAACUCGCGAAUCUACAGGCUGCUGGGUGCGGACAGAGUGGUGGUGUUGGAAAGCAAACCGACGGAAGACCCUACAGCUCAAAGUAAUCUGUAUAUCCUCGCGGGCCACGAGAACACCUACUGACAACACACUGCCUUAACACACACUACACAAUGCACGCAACAAAGUACAUGUUCAUGAGACUUAUACACCUCAAUUUCCUUUAUGAAGCUACUGAACAAAACACUACAAAAAAAAAAACAUACUCAAAGACAGUUGAAAUUAAACACUACAGAUUUUAAUACCAAAUUUUUUGGUUUGGUAUGAUACCAGCCCCUGGUUGCUCGUAUCGAUACAAAAUCGAUACCUCAGUACAAGCAGAUGUAGGUAGACCGUUUAAUAUGCGUGAUAGAUUCGCAUAGCAUGUAACGGCAAAUCAAUUAAUUUCCAGUUAAUGCAUUAUAUCUUUUGGUAUCGUACAGGUUUAACGUAAUUUUUUUGUACUGCCAAACUGCGUGAACUUACUAUAGAUGCAUUUCAGUGUCAGAGACCUUGAUACACAACCAUCAGUUCUGUGCGACUGAGAUAACUAAUGUGAAAACACAACAGUCUAGUACAAAAGUUGUCUAAAAGAGGACACCAAUAUCAUGGCUUUUUAUAUCUGGCAUGAUAUGCAGGUGUUUUACCAUCUUGUUAGCUUUGUAGCUUUCGGUACUGCCCUGUAAACAGCUCCUCUCUGUCAUGCUAAUAGCAGUUCACACGGAACGCAUUCUUCUCACAUUUAAAAAUAGAAGAACACAAGAAUGUUGAAAAACAAUUAGUAGAAUGGAACGCAGAAACACGAUCUGUGUGAACCAACUGUAAGUCUAACAAACUCAGCUGUAUUUUCUUCUGCUUCUCUUUCUCUACAUUUCCCUCUUUUGGCGUCCGCUGUUAUCAUAAGGGUGCAGUCCUAUUAGUAAAAUUUCCAUGAAAUUUUGCGGGUAAAAAAAAAGUCCAUUGUCAUGUGUAGAGAUACAUGAAGCACUUUCAAUGUCACUUUCAGACCAAGCAAUUUUCUGUUGGUCAGGGCAGCAAAAUAAUGUGACUAAUUUUAACCCGAUGUGAAAUCUUUGUGCGAAAAUCUUUCACCCUAAUGAGAAAUUUGCUAAAUAACUGUUAAUGUAACUGCACUUUAAGGCUUCAGUAAGUU